UAGCCAAAAAGUGUAAUUCCCUAUGCAUGCGGCAUAUUCCCGCCAAACGGAACACCAAGUGCUCACUCUGCCGCCACGUGGCGAGGGCCCACCUCCACCAGCUGCACUUAACCGCCUUUCCACAAAACCAACAAAUUACGAACUCUUCCAUCUUCUCUCUCUCCUAUACAUACGGAAUCUUGCUAUAUCUAAUAAUCAAGGGAGGGUUUUGGGGAAUUCAGCAAUGUCGAAGACCCUUGAUAGAAUUUCUAGCCCUUGUGAGCUGUGGUAAUGAUGAAAAACACAAACAGAAAUCAGAUUGUGAAAACUCGGAGGAAAGGAUGAAAGUUGGAUUUCUGAAAAAAGCAAAAAGUGCGUCCAUUAAACUCAGGAGUUCUCUAAGAAAUAAGAUCAGAAGGAGAAAAGAUGUUGGAGUUUGUGAAAUUGAAGAUAUUCGUGAAAUAGAGGAGGAGAAGGUUGUUGAUGCUUUUCGACAAGCAUUAAUCGCCGAUGAUUUGCUUCCUGAAAGAUUUGAUGAUUAUCAUGUAAUGUUAAGAUUUCUGAAAGCAAGGAAGUUCCGCAUUGAAGCAGCAAAGGUUAUGUGGGCAAACAUGCUCCAGUGGAGGAAAGAUUUUGGUGCAGAUACGAUCAUGGAGGAUUUGGACUUCAAAGAGCUGAAUGAGGUUCAACAAUAUUACCCUCAUGGUUAUCAUGGUGUGGACAAGGAUGGAAGACCCGUGUACAUAGAAAGAUUGGGGAUGAUUGAUCUUGACAUGCUACUGCAGAUUACAACUGUGGACAGAUUUGUAAGAUAUCAAGUUCAGGAGUUUGAGAGAACUCUUGCUAGCAGGUUUCCAGCAUGUUCUGUUGUUGCAAACAGGCACAUAGAUUCAAGCACAACAAUUUUGGAUGUUCAAGGAUUGGGUAUAAUGAGUUUAGGACGCCCUGUUAUAGAUUUCAUUAAGUUGGUUCAGAAGAUUGAUAAUGAUAAUUAUCCUGAAACACUUCAUCGUAUGUUCAUCAUCAAUGCUGGUCCCGGCUUCAGGCUGAUCUGGAACACAGUCAAGCCUUUACUUGACCCUGAUACAACUUCAAAGAUCCAGGUGCUUGGCAGCAAGUACCAGGGCAAAUUGCUUGAAGCAAUUGAUGAAAGUGAGCUACCGGAAUUUCUUGGUGGUUGCUGUACCUGUGCUAUCGAAGGGGGAUGUUUAAGGUCAGAUAAAGGACCAUGGAAAGACCAAAAUAUAUUGAAGAUGAGUCUAAAUGCGCAAAUGCAUGCAAUACAGAGAGCCACAAUCUCAGAUAAUGAGGAAAGCUAGCGCUCAAGGUGUACAGUCAAAGCGAUUAAUCGGGAAAGAAUCGCUUAAGAAAUUGGAUAUACCUGACCAUCUCUCCAACUGUGUUGCCGAAGAAUCAAUUUCAAUUUAGUCUAAGAUCUUUAUUUGUUAAUCUUUGUGAAUAAAUGUUACUGAUAUGAUUCUCUAUGCUAAUUUUGGUCUAUUUAUAACAUGCAGUAAUUAUGUA